AUGUGGAUGUCUAUAGCCAUCACCAUCGUCGGUCCGGCGGUCCUACAUUUUUCAAUCGAUUUCAACGAAACUGGAAAUACAUUUUUAACUGUCAAGGAGGAAUUAGACUAUAUAUGGUUGGAACUAAAGAAAAAGAAUACAAACUGGAAUAUAUCGGUUAUUCGGAAUAAAUUUAACUCUACCACCAUGGACCAGUUUGAAGAGGCAAAUGAGGAGGAUUGGCUCAAACCUAUAAAAGUGAGGUUUAUUGGUGAAGAAGGGAUUGAUGCAGGGGGUUUAACACGGGAAUUUUUGUCAUUGUUGUUCAAGGAGUCACCUAUUUUCGAGGAUUCGGUUUUGUCAUUAAAUCCACAGUUGUUAGAAGAUCAACAUUACCUCUUCAUGGGGAGGAUGACAAGCAUUGCUAUUCUCGAGGGGCAUCCUGGACCAAGAAGGUUUAAUCAAUUUCUGGUCGAUUUUAUUUUACUCGAUAAAAUACCUCAGUUCAGUUUGGUAGACAAAAAUGAAUUGAAGAGAGCAGAUGCCAUUGCGGCAAUAGAAGAGAUUGAAAACUGCACAGAAGAUACCAUCAAAGAUGUGUUUAACAAUUGUUUAGAUAUACUCUGCACAACUGGAUUUGAUAAAAAUUUAAACAUGACAAACAAACAGCAGCAGUCACAGCCAUAA